GUUGUAAUGAAAACAGCGCCACCUAUCGUAUCGGAUAUGACGUGCUUUCGGCCAAUGAUUGGAUUUGUUCACUGCCAUAAGAGAGCAUAGUCCGACCGAGCAAAAAUUUGAAUUAUACCAUCAUGUAAACACACUGACUGAGAAGACAACUUUGACGGGGUACUCCAUGGACCGGCUACCAGCCAAGACGACACAGAGACAAACAACCAUUCACACUCACGUCCACACAUCUACGGGCAAUUUAGAGUCACCAAUUCACCUGAUCCCCAACGCAUGUCUUUGGAGUGUGGAAGGAAGCUGGAGUACCUACAGAGAACCUCCGCUGACACGGGGAGAACAUGCAGAGGGCCACUGGGUCAGAGGCGAACCCAGGACCUUCUUGGUGUGAGGCGACAGUGCGAACCACCACGCCAACCCUGGGUCCAUUCCAUUCCCUCUCAAUAUCAGUAGUUGGUAAAGCAAAAAAAUUGGCUAUGGAACAAAAGAAACAAUUUUAGUAAAGAAAUAAGUGUAAUGAAACUAUCAAAGAUACUUCUUUACAUACUCAUGCAAACAUUUUUUUUAAUGAAGUCAUUUCAAUUUAGACCGGUUAAAACGUUUGUGGCGCUGUGUCCCAUGUAGCUUGGCAGCGAUAAAAGAAUCCUUCACCCCAAGAGAAAAGGUCACAAACACUUUGGGCCCUCAUUUGAUUGGACACAGACAUAACUGCUGACAUUACGUACAUUACAUACAUUUUUAAAUAAAGGGGCAGUGUAAGGUCCAAAAAAGUAUUGUGUUGCCAUAGAGGUUUAGGAUAUUAUUUUCUUAGAUUAAAAAAAACAACAACUGUAUUUCUCGAUGACAUAAACCACAUGUUACACACCCAACGACACUUUGGUCCAAUCAACACUCCGAUUGAUUCAAUAGGAGACACGAUCUCCUUCAAGCCAACCGGCACCCAGCUCCUCUGCAGCGCCAACACAACCAAGCCGCCCACUUCCUACACGCUGCCGAUGCACUGGCUGCCGAUCCGGACUCUGGCUCCUCCCCUUGCUGUUCGCCUUCAGCUUUAUCUUCUCCAUCGGUUGGCCUGAAUGUAGCACUUGAAGCCAUUCAGCAUGUCUGAUGGUUGAUGGAAGCUCCUUGCGUGACUCCUUCAAUGUUGGGGUUGUGCCAAUAUUGUAGAAUACACGAUUGAGGACAGAAUGAGAUACUGAGAGUACUAUAUUCUUCUGUAAACACUGUCUCUGGCUGUAAGUACACUUUGCAGCAGUGUCCGGAGGCUGGAGCAGACUUCCUCUUAGGCGUGUCUGCCUCUUGCGCACAGCUUUCACUUCUACGAGACUGAGUCGGAACAUGCUGACAUGAGUCUAUACAGCGAUACGUCUGUCGACGAGUUGGAGACUUUGGGGUGGUACCACUAUGAUCUGUCCCGUCAUGCUGCAGAGGCCCUUCUCUUGUCCAAUGGGAUUGUUGGAAGUUAUCUUCUCAGAAACAGUAACAAGGGACCUUCCUUCUUCGCCCUGUCCGUCAGGGCGAAGGAUUCUGUAAAGCAUUUUCAUGUGACACGCAAAGACAACGGUUAUAGGUUUGGCUUCAACGAGUUUGCAACCCUUCAAGACUUUGUUAACCACUUUGCUAACCAGCCUCUGCUUGGCAGUGACACAGGAACCCUGAUGGUGCUGAAGUGCCCGUACCCAUGGCGUGUGGAGGAGCCAUCCAUCUACGAGUCAGUGAGGGUUCACACGGCCGUACAGACAGGCCGCACAGAGAAUGAUCUGGUACCGAAUGCACCAUCGCUGGGCACGAAGGAAGGCUAUCUGGUGAAACAGGGAGCGUUCGUGAAGAGCUGGAAACAGAGGUGGUUCACACUGAACAGAUAUGAACUCAAAUACUUCAAAGACAAAAUGUGUGAGGAACCCAUUCGGACCCUGGAUCUGAGAGCCUGCUCUGCAGUCCAGUUUGACUACUCUCAGGACAGAGUCAACUGCUUCUGCCUGGUUUUUCCUGAAAGAACUUUCUAUCUCUGUGCAAAGACGGGUGUGGAGGCAGACGAGUGGAUCAAGAUCAUCAGGUGGAAGCUGUCACAGACACUCAAAGGCCAAUGACUGCGUAUGGAAGGAAUCCUCGAGUUCAUGGAAGAGUCAUGUCAGCUGGAUGAAGAAUACAGAACAGUCAAACAUGAACAGUAAAGUGGGACACUAACUAACUACUACUGUACCGCUUUGCUAUAUAAAAUAUGUGUAACUUCUCA